UAUAUAUAUAUAUAUAAUACAUUAAAAAACUCGCCCCCGACCCCGGAGACGACGGAAUAUUCCGGCGACACCUCCACCACAACUCAUCGGCGGUACCACCGCCCGGGAUGUGGUUCCUCCCCACCGGAGAAAAGCUUCUGGAGAAGCUCCGAGAGAUGGAGAUUGCCAAAGACAGGUUCAGGCUCGACAGCCUGACACCGGCGGCGGCGGCGGCGCCAUCGGAGGGGAGUCUGACGGUGAAGGACGCUGUGAAAAUUCUCAAAAUUUCCCAGGUCCAGAUGGUGAAGUUGAGGCUGAGGCAGAUUCCUGGAAAUCUGCGGUCAAGAUUGCUCGAGCACAUAUCAACGGCUAGAAUUCGCCAAGACCAAUCCGGAACAGUAAUUGUUCUGGAACAUCGUUUCUGAAAAUUAAAUAUUAUUCAAUUAUUUUAUACUUAAUAUUAUAAAAAAUUAAUUACAAAUAGUACUUUAAAUUUAUAAUUUUUGUAUAGCCCCAAAACAAUAUUAAAUUUCAUUUUUACCCCGAAAAUAGUGUUUUCUGUUACCAUGUGACGGAGUGGACGAAAAGUGUAUAAAAUGGAAACAUGGAGGUGAACUUUGUUCACUUUGGAACAAGGGGGACCAAAAGUGGAAUCGGCCCAAACAUGAGGGACCAAAAGUGUA